CUUUAUUUAUACAGCACUUAAAACAAAGACAAAGUGCUGUACAUGGAUAAAAUAAGAGCAUAAGACAUGAAACAAACACUUAAAAAGCAGUAAAACAAUUAAAAUGUUUCUAACUAUGCAGAAAAUCAACUUUCUGAGGGUUAGAAACUCUGAAGACUUUCUGGUUUCCUGGUUUCCUCAGAACCUCAGAAGGUUUUAAGGUCAGUGUUGAUGCUUUAGUCCCAGUCGGGUGUUUUGUGUUGAGCUGGGAGGCGGUAACCAGGACGUAACCAUGGCGAGGAAAGUGUAAACAGGAACGAGAUCCAAACCGGUGCAUGAAGCUGGAAUCCAUCUUCACCACAGGAGGAGGAGAAGGAAAAGAGAAGGAAGAAGAGGAGGAGGAGAAGAAGAAGGAGGACGAGGGACUCGCUGCCUCCAUCAUGGCUCAGAAAAACGUCCCCAGACUCGUUGUGAAGAUCGUCGGCAGUAAACAGGUCAAACAGUUCAUACAAGAAAACUCUCCCGUUGAUGGAAUAAAGGAUGAGUUUAAAAACCCUCUGGAUGUGAUGGAGGAGAUGAGAGAGGACUCAUCAGUCUGGGCUGCCAUCACCCAGGCUCCUGGCAGACUGUGUGUGACGGCGCCCUCUGGUGAUCGCUCCAGGUCCUACAUCCACCCGAAGACUCCCCGAAGAGCAGCUGCAGAGGCCGGAGCGUCUGAGGCCGGAGAUAAGGCCGAGCUGUCCUCCGCUGUCAGGGAUGAGCUGUGUGAGUGGCAGCUCUCGUCCCUGACGUCCACAGAGGACGAGGCGUCGGCUCUGGACACGUCCCUCAGCGGGAAACUGGAUCGAUCCCAGGUCACUCACCUGUUCCUGAAGAGCCACGUCCCGCUCACAUUACCCACGUUUUCUCUGCUCCUGCAAACGUUCACGGACCAGAACGAUCCGGAACAGAUUCAUUACAAAAACCUCCUAGAGUUCGUCAGAGCUUCUUUGUUCCCUGAGGAACUCCAGAGGCGUGAGUGAGAGUAACUGAACGAGAAUGAAACUCACCUGGCUACAGCUCUGCGCCCUCAGAGAGAUCAGAGGAAAACAGCGUUAGAUAACAGACAGAAAAACCUGCAAAGGGACGUAAACGGCCCCGUGUCCCACAGACCACAACAUAUACACCGAUCAGGCCAGAACAUUACGACCACCGUCCUGAUAUUGUGUUGUCUCCAUGACUCAUCAGAGGAUGGACAUGGGUCUUCUGGGG